CCUUUCCACCAUCACCAAACAUCUCAUUCUCUUCUUCCACUACUCUUCACUUCUCUCUUCCUUAACAAUGGAAAUGCAACCAACCCCUUCUUGCCUUUCAUACAUAACUCCUUGGAUAGCCACUCUGGCCAUCCUCCUCCUCUCCCGCCGUCUCCGCCGCCGCAAACUCAACCUCCCACCUGGACCAAAACCUUGGCCCGUGAUCGGAAACCUCGACUUAAUUGGCUCUCUGCCUCACCAAUCCAUUCAUCAACUCUCCAAAAAAUACGGCCCCAUCAUGCAUCUUCGUUUUGGAUCAUUCCCCAUCGUUGUCGGGUCCUCGGUUGAAAUGGCAAAGCUUUUCCUCAAAACACAGGAUCUCAAUUUCGCGUCGCGCCCGAAAACCACGGCGGGAAAAUACACAACUUAUAACCAUUCCAAUAUUACUUGGUCUCAAUACGGCCCUUAUUGGCAGCUUCGUAAGAUGUGUUUGAUGGAGCUUUUUAGUGCAAGAAGACUUGAUUCAUAUGAGUAUAUACGUAAGGAAGAAAUGAAUGGUCUGAUUAGAGAAAUUUACAAGUCUUGUGGUGAAGUAAUUAAGGUUAAGGAUUAUUUGUUCGCGGUGAGUUUGAAUGUGAUAAGUAGGAUGGUGUUGGGGAAAAAGUACACGGAUGAACCAUCAGAAAGUGGGAUAGUUAGUCCAGAUGAGUUCAGGAAAAUGAUGGAUGAGUUGUUUUUGCUGAAUGGUGUGUUGAAUAUUGGGGAUUCAAUUCCAUGGAUGGAUUUUUUGGAUUUGCAAGGUUAUGUGAAGAGGAUGAAAGGUUUGAGUAAGAAAUUGGACAGGUUUCUUGAACAUGUGUUGGAUGAACAUAAGGAAAGAAGAAAGGGAGUUGAGAACUAUGUGGCUAAAGAUAUGGUGGAUGUUUUGUUGCAAUUGGCCGAUGAUCCUGACCUUGAAGUUAAACUUGAAAGGCAUGGAGUCAAAGCUUUUACUCAGGAUCUAUUAGGAGGAGGAAUAGAGAGUUCAACAGUGACAGUAGAGUGGACAAUAUCAGAACUAUUAAAAACACCAGAGAUCUUGAAUAAAGCAACCGAAGAAUUAAAUAAAGUAAUUGGAAAAGAAAGAUGGGUAGAAGAGAAGGACAUGAUUAACUUACCAUACAUAAACGCCAUAGCCAAAGAAACAAUGAGACUACACCCUGUAGCACCAAUGCUAGUGCCAAGAAUGGCUCGAGAGGAUUGUCAAGUUGCAGGGUACGACAUAGCCAAAGGCACACGAGUCCUUGUGAAUGUGUGGACCAUUGGGAGAGACCAAACAGUGUGGAAAAACCCACAUGCAUUUGACCCAGACAGGUUCAUGGAAAACAACUGUAUCGAUGUGAAAGGGGAAGAUUUUGAGCUUCUGCCAUUUGGGUCUGGAAGAAGGAUGUGCCCUGGGUAUAGUCUUGGUCUUAAGGUUAUUCUGUCAACUUUGGCUAAUUUAUUGCAUGGGUUUAAUUGGAAAUUGCCUGGGGACAUGGAGAAGGAAGAUUUGAAUAUGGAAGAAAGUUUUGGGCUUUCUACUCCUAAGAAAUACCCACUUGAUGCUGUUGCUGAGCCAAGACUUCCUCCCCAUCUUUACUCUUUGUUAUGAAUCAAGAACUUUGUUAACAUGUGUAUGGCUUAAAUUAAGAAUCUUUAUUAAGCUUUUGGAUUUGAAAUAUAAGAUUCCUUCAUGUAUAAAUGUAUUGGUUUGAAAUAUGCAUUCAAGUUAUAUCACUAAGUGUAUCGUGCUGUAAUAAAUCAUUGAGACUUGUCAAUGUUACUAGUACGCACGUUUAGUUGUUGAUUAUUGAGACUUGUAACAAGUAUUAGUAUUAACGUUUAAUUAUUGUCAAUGCAAAUAUUGCUCAAUUGAUAUUC